AUGAGUAUUUCAUCAUUCCAGCCCACUUGGUUUUGCAAAACGCUCUUCAUUAUUUUGAUAACCCUCUUGAUUAUUUUGAUAGCCCUUAGGUUUUUACCGAGAACGUUGGGCAUGGCGGGCACGAAAAUAGGGAGAAGAUGCUGUCCAAUGCUACUGCUUCUUCGACUUCUCUCUCAGGUUAUUGCUUCGGCGGCCUCCUCUGUGAUUCCCGUUUUCAACUAUCACCCGACAUCAAUUAACGACUUGGCAGAAGGAAUGAAUCAAACAGUUGGGCUACGGAUUGACGUAAAUGAAGAAUUUUUUCAACAACAACAAAAGCUCGACGGUCCUUACAAUUUGCAAAUAAGUACGUUUCACGAAGAGAUUGCUUCCAUUGGCGAUGAGAGUAGACAAUUUUUGAAGAAGGACUUUGCCUUUAAUAACAUGACUCGAUACUACUCAUUGGAGACCACAUUCACCAUUCAUGGACAUUUUCUUGGCAAAACCGGCGUAAAAGCUCGACUUGUGCUUGCAAAUUGGGAUGAGGGACCAUCAACAAGGAUUGCAGAUGACACUUUCAACACGAUGGAAAUUGCUGUUAGACGCAGUGACGACAGCGUAUUCUUGACGAAAAUCUUUGUUGGAAGCCUUGUGGUUGUGAUUUCUAUUGCAAACAUUUUGAUGGGUUGUGAGUUGGACCUAAGCGUCGUGACGGAGGUUCUGAAACGUCCAAUUGGUCCAGCUAUUGGAUUCUUUACGCAAUUUAUUGUGAUGCCGCUGUUAGCGUAUGCUAUAUCACACACGGUGUUCACUCCAUCUGGACUUCAUUCGUUCGCUCUCGGACUGUUUGUUACAGGAUGUUCACCUGGUGGCGGAGCUAGCAAUUUUUGGACUCUUCUUCUUGAUGGAAAUAUGAACUUAUCGGUUACAAUGACAUUCAUUAGCACCUUGGCGAGUCUAGUAAUGAUGCCACUUUGGCUUUCGCUACUCGGACACGAAUUUUUGCGAGGAUUUGGGUCAACUGCACGAAUAAAAGUACCGUACAGCAAAAUUUUAUCUUCACUAUUCUCACUGGUUGUGCCCCUUUUAAUUGGGAUUGCUAUUGCCAAAUGGAAACCGAAUUGGGCAGCAAAAGGACGCAAGGUAUUGCGCCCUUUUAUAAUUUUCGUUUUAAUUUUUGUGAUUGUCUUUGGAUGUCUGACAAACACUUACAUGUGGCAACUUAUGACAGGAAAAGCCUUAUUGGGUGGUUUACUUCUUCCUUGGUGCGGUUUCAUGUGUGGGUGCUUUAUUGCAAUUGGACUUGGAAGAACCCCCUAUGAUGUGACAGCAAUAGCAAUUGAAACAGGAAUACAAAAUACAGGAAUUGCUAUUCUUCUACUCAAGUGGUCGUUCCCAGAGCCAGAUGCGGAUAUUUCAGCGCUCAUUCCCGUGAUUGUUGCUUGUUUCACACCUGGACCAUUGAUGUUAGGAGCUGCCGUUCAUCUAACAAUAAAAAAGCUGAAGAAAAAGAAAGAAGAGGCUUCAAUAGGUCAGGAGAUGACAACGAAACUCGCUGCUAGCAAGAAAGAUGGAGAAGUCGAAUCGAACGUUGGCGCGAGCACAAUCGCCAUAGCGUACUUCGUAAAAAAUCGAAUCGACCAAUCACAACAAUUUCUCCAU